CCCUGGUUUGUUAUGGUUCUUAAAUCCAUAACUUGGCUCUUACACUCUUACUCGUAAAUAUAAUUGUUAUUGAUUUCACUUUUUGGGUAUUAAAUUGUUAUUGAAAUACAUACAAUCAAGUGUAAUCCAAUGGAAGUAAAACAAGAAAUUAGUGAUGAAAUGUGUAAAGUAGAAGUAGAUUAUAAUGACGUGGAUGAUGCUUUUUGGGAUGGCUUUAAAUGUGAAAUUAAGGAGGAAGCAAAUACGCAAAUUACACAUGAUUAUUUAGACGUAAAGGAACAUCUUAUAAAUACCAAAAUAGAACCACAUGAAAAUAUUCACCCAUUUGAAGAAGACCAAAAAACUGAAAAAGAUUACCUUCAAGGAAACAAAAAGGAAAUUAUGGAGACACUAACCGAACAUUCACCCCAAGAAAAUCGUGUGAAUCCAGAGGCUGAUGGAAAAACGUUAAAUAAAAAUAUUUUAGUGGCUGGCAAAGAACCUCUUAAGUGUGAAAUUUGUUUUAAGCAGUUUACUAGAGCAAGGUAUUUCAAAAGGCAUUUGAUGAUGCACAAAAAACCUCAUAAGUGUGAAAUUUGUUUUAAGCAGUUUACUACAGAAUGGAACUUGAAACAACAUUUGAUGAUGCACACUGGAGAAAAAUCUCACAAGUGUGAAAUUUGUUUUAAGCAAUUUAUUCAAGCAUGUCAUUUAAAACAACAUUUGAGAGUGCACACUGCGGAAAAACCUUAUAAGUGUGAAAUUUGUUUUAAGCAUUUUAGAGAACAGGGGCAUUUAAAAAGGCAUUUGAUGAUGCACAAAAAACCUCAUAAGUGUGAAAUUUGUUUUAAGCAGUUUACUACAGAAUGGCACUUGAAACAACAUUUGAUGAUGCACACUGGAGAAAAAUCUCACAAGUGUGAAAUUUGUUUUAAGCAAUUUAUUCAAGCAGGUCAUUUAAAACAACAUUUGAGAGUGCACACUGCGGAAAAACCUUAUAAGUGUGAAAUUUGUUUUAAGCAUUUUAGAGAACAGGGUCAUUUAAAAAGGCAUUUGAUGAUGCACAAAAAUCCUCAUAAGUGUGAAAUUUGUUUUAAGCAGUUUACUACAGAAUGGAACUUGAAACAACAUUUGAUGAUGCACACUGGAGAAAAAUCUCACAAGUGUGAAAUUUGUUUUAAGCAAUUUAUUCAAGCAGGUCAUUUAAAACAACAUUUGAGAGUGCACACUGCGGAAAAACCUUAUAAGUGUGAAAUUUGUUUUAAGCAUUUUAGAGAACAGCGUCAUCUAAAAAGGCAUUUGAUGAUGCACAAAAAACCUCAUAAAUGUGAAAUUUGUUUAAAGGAGUUUACUACAGAAUGGAACUUGAAACAACAUUUGAUGAUGCACACUGGAGAAAAAUCUCACAAGUGUGAAAUUUGUUUUAAGCAAUUUAUUCAAGCAGGUCAUUUAAAACUACAUUUGAGAGUGCACACUGCGGAAAAACCUUAUAAGUGUGAAAUUUGUUUUAAGCAUUUUAGAGAACAGGGUCAUUUAAAAAGGCAUUUGAUGAUGCACAAAAAACCUCAUAAGUGUGAAAUUUGUUUUAAGCAGUUUACUACAGAAUGGUACUUAAAACAUCAUUUGAUGAUGCACACUGUAGAGAAAUCUCACAAGUGUGAAAUUUGUUUUAAGGAGUUUACUAGAGCAAUUCAUUUGAAAAGGCAUUUGAUGAUGCACAAAAAACCUCAUAAGUGUGAAAUUUGUUUUAAGCCUUUUUUUACAGCAACUUGUUUGAAAAUGCAUUUGAGAGUGCACACUGGAGAAAAACCUCAUAAGUGUGAAAUUUGUUUUAAGUCGUUUACUACAGCAAGUAAGUUGAAAAUACAUUUGAGAGUGCACACUGGGGAAAAACCUUAUAAGUGUGAAAUUUGUAGUAAGCAGUUUAGUACAAUAAGUCACUUGAAAAGGCAUUUGAAAUUACACACUGGAGAAAAACCUCAUAAGUGUGAAAUUUGUUUUAAGCAAUUUAUUGAAGCAACUCGGUUGAAAAUACAUAUGAGAUUGCACACUGGGGAAAGUACCUCAAAAGUGUGAAAUUUAUUCUAAGCAGUUUAGAGAAGCGCUGCCCAUGCCAAUCUGAUUCUUCUUUGUACUAGAAUGGGCAGCGUUUGGAAAGUUAAGAUGGAUACUAAAAAGAAACACAAAGAUUCAACAGUACCUAAAAAUCCGUGUAUUUGACCAGUACAUCCUUCCUCUUGUGACCAGAAACAUGGACAUUAAAAAAGGCCAACAUAAAAAAAUAUAAAUAACUCUGAGAAAAAAGGAAAGAUCCAUGUUGGGAAUAAACAAAUGAAUAAGAGAGAAAAUAAAAGUCAAAAAUGUAACUGAACAUAUAACAGUGUUAAAGUGGAGAUUUGUGGGCCACAAUGCGAGACAGGAAGAUAGAAGAUGAAAUGCUGAAAUAUAAAACUGGAGAAAGUGGACAGGAAGAAGAGGAAGACCUCAGAUGCGAUGGAAGGACGAUAUUGUAAAAGCUGCAGGAACUCACUGGAAAAGCGCAGCUAAGGACAGACAUAUAUGGAAAGAUUUGGAGAAGGCCUGUAUUCAAAGUUGGAUAGAAAUGGGCUCAAGAAGAUGGCUUUAUUGAUAGCCUAUUGAUAACCCAUUGGAUAGGUACAUGGGGCUAAUAAAUCACUUCGAUUGUGGAAUAUAGCAUUUAACUCGGUUAAAAAGAUCUCUUGCUUUGUGAUAUUAUGUAUAUUGGUACUGUUGAUUUUUGUUAUAUUUUAUAUGUUUUUAGUAUGUAGAACUUUUUGAAUGUAACUUUUUGUUAUUGAUUUUAUACUAUAGGUAAUUAUUUAUGUUUUGAAUCCUAUUGUAAUUUUAGAUGUUAAUGGGGUUAUCCGGCGUAAUAAAUAAAUAAAUAAAUCAA